UCCUGCUCCUGGCCUCCUCCUCGGGCUCCCUGGAGUUCUUGCAAGCCGGCCAGGAGGUCUCAGGCUGAGUUUGAGAAAGCUGCAGAGGAAGUUAAGCACCUUAAGACCAAGCCAGCAGACGAUGAGGUGCUGUUCAUUUAUGGCCGCUACAAACAAGCGGCUGUGGGUGACAUGAACACAGAACAGCCCGGGGUGUUGGACUUCAAAGGCAAAGCCAAGUGUAAUGCCUGGAAUGAGCUGAAAGGGACUACCAAGGAAGAUACCACGAAAGCUCACGUCAACAGCACAGAAGAGCUAAAGAAAAUACACGGGAUUUGGUCGCCAGGCCACAUGCUUAUCCUAAACGGAGACAAUGCCUUGUGUUUUCUAAUACCGUGGAUGGUGGGAAUUCGGGAAAACAACCAGUUAACCCGGUACUCAAGGCUGCUCACCGUACGGCUCUAACAGGUUAGGGGCUAAAACGAUGACUGACCUUCCUUGGCUAGUUUUUAUCUGAGAUCAAUGAAAAGCGUAUUUGUUA